AUGCAGACAGUUACCAUAUUAGAUCUGGGUCGCAAUGACAUCAAAACUGUUGGUACACAGCAUCUGGCGGAUGCGCUACGAACUAAUACGACACUUACCACAUUAAAUCUCAACUACAAUCAAAUCGGACCUGUUGGAGCACAACAUCUCGCGGAUGCAUUACGAACUAAUACGGUAACUAUCAUUCUCUUCGUAAUCUAUCUCAUAUAUUCAUCUAUAC